AUGGGUUUUUUUGUGUGUUAUUGGGUUUGUGUGGUGGUGGGGGGUGGUGGGGGUGGGGGGGGUGGGGGGGGGGGGGGGGGGGGGGGGGGGGUUGGGGGGGGUUGUUUUGGGGGGGGGGUUGUGUGGGGGGGGGGGGGGUGUGGUUGGGGGGGGUUUGGGGGGGGGGGGGGGUUAUGGGGUGGGGGGGGGGGGGUGUGUGGGUGUGUUGUGUUGUGUGGGGUUGUGGGGUGUGGGGUGGAUUGGGGUGGUGUGUGGGGUGUGGGGGUGUGUUGUUGGGGUGGGGUGGGGUGGGGGGGUGGGUUGGGGUGGGGUGGUGGGGGUUGUUGGGGGGGGUGGUGGGGGGUGGGGGGGUGGGGGGGGUUUGGGGGUGGGGUGGGGGGGGGGGGUGGUGUGGUGGUGGGGGGUGUUGGGGGUGUGUGGGUUGGGGUGUGGGGGGGGGGGUGUUUUUUUUUUGGGGGGUUGUGGUGGGGGGGGGGGGGGGGGGGGGGUGUGGUGGUGGUGUGGGGUUUUGGUGUGGUGUUUUGGUGGUUGGUGGGUGGGUUUUGGGUUUUGGGUUUGUGGGAUGGUGGUUUGUUGGGGGGAUGGUGGUUGGGGGGGGUGUGGGGUUGGGUUGUGUGGUGGUUGUUGGGGGGGGGGUGGGGGUGGUUGGUUGGGGGGUGUUGUUUGGGGGUGGUGGUGGGGGGGGGUGUGGGGUGGGGUGUGGGGGGGGGGGUGGGGGGGGGUUGGGGGUUGGGGUGGUGGGUGGUGUUGGGGGGUGGGGGGGUUGUAGUUUUGGUUGGUGUGGGUUUAGUUUGGUUGUAUGGGUGUUUGGGUUUUGGUGGGUUGGGGUUGGGUGUGGGGUUGGUGGUUUGGUUUUGUGGGGGGGUGGGGUGGGGGUGUUUGUGUGUUGGGGUGUUGGUUGUGGGUGUGGGUGGGGGUUUUGUGUUGUGGGGUGUGGGGGGGGUGUGGGGUGUGGGGGGUUGUAUGGGUUGUGUAGGGGGUGUUUGUGUUGUGGGGGGUGGGGGGGGGGGGGGGUGGGGGGGUGUGUUUGUAGUGUGGGUGUGUUGUAUGGGGGGGGGUGGUGGGGUUUGGGGUAUGUUGUUUGGGUUUGUUUGUGUGUUGUGGGAGGGGGUGGUGUUUGUUUUUUGGGGGGGGGGUUGUGAGGGUUUUGUGGUUGUGUGGGGGUUGGGUGUUGGGUUGUUUGUGUUGGGUGGGUUUUUGGUGGGGUUGGGUGGGUUGUGUGGGUUGUUUGGGUUUUUUGUUGUGUGUUGUUUUGUGUGUGUGUGUGUUUGGGAGUGUGGUUUUGUUGUGUGGUUGUGUGGUGUGUGUGUGUGUUGUGGUGGUGUGUUUGUGGUGUUUUUGGAGGUGUGUGUGGUUGUGUUUUUGUGUUUGUUUGUUUUGGUGUUUGGUUUAGUUUGGGGGGGGUUUAUUGUGAGUUUUGUGUGUUGUGUUGUGUUUUUGUUUGGGUUUGUUGGUUGGAUGGGGGUGGGGGUGUGGGUGGGGUGUGGGGGGGGGGGGGGGGGGGGGGGGGGGGUUGGUGGGGGUUUUUUGGGGGGUUUUGAUUGUGGGGUGGGUGUGGGGGGUGUGUUGGGGGGGGAUGGGGGUGGUGGUUUUGGUGGGGGGGGGUGGUGGUGGGGGGUUGGGGGUUGGUUGUGUGGGUGUGGGGGUGGGUGUGGUUUGGGUGGGGUGGUGUUGGGUGGGUGGUGUUGUGGGGGGUGGGUUGGGGGGGUUGUGGGGGGUGGUGGGGGGUUGGGGGGGGUGUGGGGGGGGGGGUAUGGGGGUUGGGGGUGGGGGUUUGGUUGGGGUGUGGUUGGGGGUGGGUUUAGGGUGUGUGUGGUUGUGGUGUGGGUGGGGGGUUGUGUGGGGGGGGGGGGGGGGGGGGGGGGGGGGGGGGGGGGGUUGUGGUGUGGUGGUGUGGGGGUGUGGGGGGGGGGGUGGGGGGUGGGGGUUGGUUGGGUGGGGGGGGGGGUGGGUGGGGGUGUGGUUUUUGUGUUUGUGUGUGUGGUAGGUUGGUUUGGUGGGUUGGAGGGUGGUUGUGUUUGUUGGUGGUGUUGGGGGGGUGGGUUGGGGUUUGUGGGGUGUUGUGGGGGGGGUGGGGGGGGUUGGGGGUGGUUGUGGGGGUUUGGGGUGGGGGUUGUUUGGUGUUGGGUGGUGGGUGUUGGUGAUGGGGGGGGGGGUGGUGGUUUGGGGGUGGUGGGGGUGUGGGGUGGGGGGUUUUGUUUGGUGUGGGGUGGGUUGUUGGUUGUGGGGGUUUGGUGUGUGGUGUGGUUGGGUGGGGUGUGGGGUGGGGUGUGGGGGUGGUUGGUUGGGGGGGGGGGUGUGGGUGGUGUGUUUUGUUUGUGGUGGGUUGUGGGGUGGUGUGGUGUGUGGAGUGUUGUGGGGGGGGGGGUGGGGUGGGGGGGGGGUUUGGGUGUGGUUUUGUGUGGGUGGGGGGUGGUUUGGGGGUGGGGGGGGGGUGGGGGUGUGUUUUUGGUGUGGGGGGGGGGGGGGGUUGGGUGGGGUGGUGGGUGGGGGUGGGGUUUGUUUGGGGUGUGGGGGGGGAGUGGGUUUGGUGGGGGUGGUUUUGUGGGGUUGGGGGGGGGGGUUGUGUGUUUUUGGGGGGUUGGGGGUUGUUUUGGGGGGUUGUGUGGGGUUGUGGUGUGGUUUGUGGUUGUUUGGGUGGGUUUGGGGGGGGGGUGUGUGGGGUUGUGUGGGGGGGGGGUGUGUGGUGUUUUGGUGUGUUGUGUGUGGGUUUGUUUGUGUGUGGGGGUUUGUGGUGUGUUGUGUGGUGUGUGGUUGUUGUGGGUUGUGGGGUGUGUUUUUGUGUGUGUUGUUGUUGGGGUGGUGUGUGUGUGGUGUGUGGUUUUGUGUUUUGUUUGUUGUGUGUGUGUUUGGGGGGUUUGUGGUGUGUGUGUGUGGGUGUUUGGUGUGUGUGUGUUGUGUGUGGUUGUGUUUGUUUGGUGUGUUGUGUGUUUGUUUGUUUGGGUGUUGGGGGUUUGUGUUGUGGUGUGUGUUGUGUUGUGUUGGUGUUUGGGUGGGUGUGGUGUGUGGUGUUUUGGUGUUGUGGGUGUUUGGUGUUGGUGUGUGUUUUGGUGUGGGUGUUGUGUGUUGUUUGUGUUAGUUUUGGUUUUUUUGGGGUGUUUGUGUUUGAUUGUGGUGGUGUGUUGGUUGGUGGGGGGGGUGGGGUUGGGGGGGGUGGGGGGGUGGGGGGGUGGGGGGGUGGUGUGGGUUGUUUGGGUUGUGGGGGGGGGUGGGUGGGGGGGUGGGGGGGGGGGUGGGGGGGGGGGGGGGGGUUGGUGUUGUGGGGUUGUGGGGUGGUGUGGGUGUGGGGGGGUGGGGGGUUGGUUGUGUGGGGGGUGUGGGGUGGUGUGGUUGGGGGUGGGGGGGGUGGGGUGGGGUGGUGGGGUGUGGGGUGGUGUGGGGGGUGGGUGGGGGGGUGGGGGUUGGGGGGUUGGGGGGGGUUUGGGGGGGGGUGGGGUUGGGGGGGGGGGUGUGUGUGGUGGGGGGGUGGGGUGUUGGGGUUGUUGGGUUGUGGGGUGGGGGGUUUGUGGUGGGGGGGGGGGGGGGGGGGGGGGGGGGGGGGGGGGGGUUUGUGGGGUGUGUGUUUGGGGGUUUGGGGGGGGGGGUGGGUGGGGGUGUUGGGUGGGGGGGUGGGUGGGGGUGUGUUGGUGUUUUGUGUUGUGGUGUGUUGGGUUGGUUGGUUGUGUUGUGGUUUGUUGUGGUGUGGGGGGGUGGGGUUGGGGUUUGUGGGGUGGUUGUGGGGGGGGGGGGUGGGUGGUGGUGGGGGUGUGGGGGGGGGUGGUGGGGGGGGGGUGGGGUGGUUUGGGGGGGUGGGGUGGUGGGGGUGGUGGUGGUGGGGUGUGGUGGGGGGUGGGGGUUGUUGUGUUGUGGGUGGGGUUGUUGGUUGUGUGUGGGUGGGGGGGUUGGUUGGGUGUUGGGUGUGGGGGUGGUGUGUGGUGGGGUUGGUGGGGGGGGGGGGGGGGGUGGGUGGGGUGUGUUUGUGUGUGUGGGGGGGGUUGUGGGGGGUGUUGUGGUGUGUUGGGGGGGGGGUGGUGUUGUUGGGGGGGGGGGGGGGGGGUGGGGGGGUGGGUUUGGGGGUUGGUUGUGUGUUGUUUUGUGUUGGUUUGUGUUGGGGUGGUGUUUGGGUGGGUGGGGGUUGGGUGGGUUGGUGUUGUUUUUGUUUUGGUGUUGUGGUUUUUAUUGGGGGAUGUGGUUUUGGUUUUUGGGGGGGUGGUGGUGGGUUGGGGGUGGGUGUUGGGGUGGUUGGGGUUUGUUGUGGGGUGGUUAGUGUUGUGGUUUUAUUUGGUGGGGGUUUGGUUGUGGGUGGUGUGGGUGGGGUUGGGGGUUGUUGAUGGGGGGUUGGGGGUGGUGGGGUUUGUGGUGGGUUGGGUGUUUGGUUUUGUUUUUUGGUGUUGUUGGGUGUUGUGGUUGUUUGGGUUUGGUGUUGUUGGGUGUUUUUGGGGGUUGUGUUGUGGGUGUGGUGUGGGGGGGGUGGGUGGGGGGGGGUGGUUGGGUGGGGGGGGUUGGGUGUGGGGUGUGGUGUGUGGGUGUUGGGGGGGGGGGUGGUGUGUGGUGGUUUUUUUGGUGGUGAUUUGGUGUGGUUGUGGGGGUGUGGUGGUUGUGGGUUGGGGGGUGGGUGGGGUGUGUGGGGGUUGUUGUUGGGUGGGGGGGGGGGGGGGGGGUGGUGGUUUGGGGGGUGGGGGGGGUUUUGGUGGGGGGGGUUUAGGGGGGGUGGGGGGGGGUGGGGGGUUUUGUUGUGUGGUGGGUGGGGGUGUGUGGUGGGUUGGGGGGGGUGGGGGGGUGGUUGGUUUGGGGGAUGUUUGGGUUUUUUUUUUUUGUUGGUGGUUUUUGUUUGUGUUUGGUGUGGUGGGUGGGUGGGGUGGGGUGGGGGUUUUGGAUUUUUGUGGUUUUUGGGGAAAGGUGUAUUUUGGUGGUUUUUUGGUAGGGGGUUUGUUGUAG